UCAAUAUCUAAUAUCCAUGCUGUACGUUAUAGAAUACGGCUUCAGAUAGACAAGAAAGCUUUCAAAAUGAAUAUUUUCCGACUAACAGGAGAUUUGUCUCAUCUAUUGGCCAUUAUUAUUCUUUUAAUUAAAAUAUGGAAAACAAGAUCAUGCUCAGGCAUAUCGGGAAAGAGCCAAAUUCUUUUCGCACUUGUUUUCACAACUAGAUACUUAGAUCUCGUCACAAAUUUCAUCUCUGUUUACAACACCUCCAUGAAAGUUUUCUACAUUGUAGCUGCUUAUGCCACAGUAUACCUGGUGUAUGUGAAGUUCAAAGCCACCUAUGAUGGCAACCAUGAUACUUUUAGAAUGGAGUUCUUGAUUGUUCCUGUAGGAGGCCUGGCUGUUCUUGUCAAUCAUGAUUUCACACCAUUGGAGAUUUUGUGGACAUUCUCAAUUUACUUGGAAUCAGUAGCCAUCCUGCCACAACUGUUCAUGAUCAGCAAGACGGGCGAAGCAGAGACCAUUACCAGCCAUUACUUAUUUGCUCUUGGCGCCUACCGUGCCCUGUACAUUAUCAAUUGGGUGUAUAGGUACUAUUUUGAGGGCUUCUUUGACCUGAUUGCCAUCGUAGCCGGCUGUGUGCAAACAAUAUUGUAUUGUGACUUCUUCUAUUUGUACAUUACUAAAGUUUUGAAAGGCAACAAACUUUCGUUACCUGCAUAAUUUGGUAAACCAAAACCUAGCUGAGAUGUCCACUUAUCCAGAUGUUCUCAUCCAGAUGUUCUCAAAUAUAAGUUUUAAAGCACUCUCCAGACUAAAAUUUUAUUUGAUAAGAAAAAGGGUGACAUGCCUAAAUAUGGUCAUGAUGACAUCACAUCAUGACUAUAUAUAGGCACAUCAUGGCUAUAUAUGGGCAUACAACAGUGUUUUUUUUUUGUCAAAGAAAAUUUGAUAAUCUGGAUAGAGUUUAAGAAGUGGUAAGGAAACACUCUGAUAUGGAACCUGAAAAUGCACAUUUGCAUGUUGCCCCACCCAUAUCAACUAGUCUCGGUGGGUCAAUUUGCAUUAAGAUGUCACCAAUAGGUGGCAAUAUAACAAUUGACACACACUUGCCUUUCCUAUUAAUGAGUUUUUUUUUAAUUGGGUCUUCAUGUUGUUUUUUUUACCACAAGUAUUUAUUGAUUAAACUUUCAGUUGUAAUUCCACCCACUGAUGUUCGGUGUGAGAUUCAAACCUUCCAAAGGUGUAUAACUCCACUUCAAGAGAUUGAUAUUGCUCAUACCUCUAAUUUUUCCGCCCUAGUAAGUAAAGAUUAGCAUUAUUAUGUUAAAUCAGCUAAAAUUUGUAACAUAGUCAUCUGAAGUAUUUAGAUAUAUUUUUGUCUUUUAUCAAAUUUAUAAUUUCAAUUGCUUAAUUCAGAUCUGCUCAAGCGAACCUCCCAAGCUCUGUUCCCACUAUGAGGUUUUUUGUGACGAAUGCGUGUGAUUUGCACAUAUGUUUGUGUGUUGUAUGACAUUAUUAUGUCCAUAUGUUGUAACCAUGCAUAAUUAUCACAUGAAACAUGAUAAGUGCAGUCAGAGCUUUACCUGUUCAGUUGCAGAAAGCACCAUUUGGACAUUUCCGGACUGUUUAGUAGCCAGGUAUUUGCACAUGUCUCGCGAGCAUGCAAGUUUAUGAAUGUUUACAUUGGUUAAUGUUGUACACGUUAGCAACAGUAUUCAAGGGGCAGGGCUUAGUGGAAAAGUUAAAACCUGUUUUUACUCAUCUAAAGUUCAUUUUUGCCAAGGUGUAGAAAGUUUGUAGAAUAAAGCUAAAGCAAUAUUCACUAAUUUUGAUACAAUAUAGUUCAAUUGAGUUGAAUGAUAAUUUAAAUACUACUAUAUAACAGUAUUUAUUAACACUAUACAGUACCUUUCAUUUGAAUUCCUGCAGUGUAUAAAACCCAUUGCUUGUUUAACUUGUAAAAUAAUUAUUAUCCUAAAGCAGGGAUAUCAAAGCCUAAAUGCUUAUUAUAUAUAAACCACGCAGUUGAUAUUUACCCCUUAUCACAAUUAUACAUAAAUGUAUGUUAAUGUUUUGUACAGGUGUGAUUUUAACAUGCAAAGUAAAUAGGUUCAUCAUCGAAUGUGUAUAAGCCGUGUAGUAUAAUUUAUCAUUAUAUAAGUGUUUUUCUUCCAUGUAUUUUUUCAUAGUGCUGUAUGUCUACCCCAGGUUUGGGUGUACCACCAACAGUUCGAUUAGAUUUAACCUGCGUAGAAAAACUGUAUCCCAUUUUAUACAUAUUUUUUCCUUAAGAUAUUUUCUCUUUGCAUGCUAGAUGUUUUGUUUAUAGAAAUUUUAUCGGUGAAGUUUUUUUUUUUUUUAAUUAUAUUUUAGUGCACACUCUUUAGAAUACAGUAGACAGUAGAUCAGAAUGGACUUUCCCGCAGUGUCAAUCAAACUUAACUAACCAAUUACAACAGCGCUAGGGAUACGCGCGUGUCGAACGAGCACGUGUGUUGUCCCACAAACGCACAUGUUCGCGUAUGUUUCAACACUGUCGUUUUGUGUGACUUUAACAACAAUAUCCAAGGGGCGUGGCUUAGUAGAAAGCCCUAUGGUAUACUGUAUUUGAUUUACAAAAAAAUGAGGAACAAUUCACCUUUUUCCAGAAAUGUUUGCAAGCUUGUCGAUAAUAAAUAUAAUUCAGAUAA